GAAGACUAUAUGCCAAUAAGCAAUAAGAAACAAACUUGAAGUUCUAGGACUCAUGGAGUACUACUUAUGAAUGAGCAUUCACCCAGGUCAGAUUGAAGCCUCUGAUAAUCUUUCAUUGGAAUCAUGCCUCCUUUCAUGAGCUGCUUUUGCUUCAAGAGUUCAAGAGUUUAUAGACAUAGUCCUGGGUAUGAGAAGCCCACUAUUCUUGCUUCAGAAACUGCUUUUACCGUAAAUGAAGUGGAGGCCUUAUAUGAUCUGUAUAAGAAAAUAAGCAAUUCCAUCAUUAAAGAUGGUCUCCUACACAAGGAAGAAUUCCAACUUGCACUAUUUCAAAGCAGCAGUAAGCAGAAUCUCUUUGCAGACAGGGUAUUUGAUUUGUUUGAUCUCAAGCGUAAUGGGGUAAUUGAGUUUGGAGAAUUUGUUAGAUCAUUGAGCAUUUUUCACCCAAAUGCUUCUGAAGCAGACAAAAUUUCAUUUGCAUUUAGAUUGUACGAUCUACGACAGACGGGCUACAUUGAGCGUGAAGAGGUAAAGGACAUGUUGCUAGCCCUUUUGAGUGAAUCAGAGCUGGCACUUACCGAUGAUGUUAUUGAAUCAAUUGUUGACAAGACAAUGAUGGAGGCAGAUCUAAAGGGAGAUGGAAAAAUUGAUCAAGAAGAGUGGAAAGAAUAUGUGGCAAAACAUCCAUCUCUUAUAAAGAACAUGACUCUUCCAUAUCUAAAGGACAUAACAAUAGCAUUUCCCAGCUUUGUGCUCAACACCGAAGUUCAAGAUUAGAUACGGUUGCAUAUAUAGUAAAGAUAACAGACAGUAGCAAAGCCUUUUCUCCUUGGAAAUAUGUCUAUAAAUAUGUAGUAAUGAGGUUCCAUCACUUCCAUGUGUAGAUCAGCACAAAGUGAAUGGAAGGAACCGAAAUAAAGAGAAGUUUAUUGCAUAGCAUAGCCUCCAUGUUCAGCAGUAUAUGUUUAAUUAUUGAUUUAUAUAAAAAAAUGUACAUGUAAGUUUAGAUUGUUUAUAAUCUGUAACCCUCCCAAACUACGGUGUUUCGUUUUUUGCUUUUCUUACUAGAAGGGUAUG